AUGCUCGGAGCGGGAGAGAUUUAUUUUAGUAGCGGCGAGAGGGGGGCUCGGUCGCGGCCGGCUUUGCGGCCGCCCUUCCAGCGAGCGGGCACGGCCCUGCGGCUGCCCCGGCGGACGGCGCUGGCGAAGUGCCGGGCGUUCGGGCGGCUUCGGGGCCGGGCUGCGGCGGUGGCGGCGGCGGCGGCGGCGGCGGCGAGGGAGAGCCCGCAGGAGCUGCAGGCUUUCCGCGACUACGGGGAGAGCUGGUACCGCUCCCGCAAGGGGCUGGAGAGCCGCUUCCAGCCGCGGGAGCCGCUCGCCCGGCAGCCGCAGGUGACGGCGGAGGCGCGCUGCAAACUGGUCAGCUGGCUCAUCCCCGUGCACCGGCACUUCGGCCUCUCGUUCGAGGCCCUCUGCCUGGCCGUCAACACCCUCGAUCGCUUUCUUGCCACCACGCCCGUGGCCGCCGACUGCUUCCAGCUCCUGGGGGUGACGGCGCUGCUCAUCGCCUGCAAGCAGGUGGAGGUGCACCCUCCCAGCGUGAAGGAGCUCCUCGCCCUCUGCUGUGGCGCCUUCACCCGCCAGCAGCUCCGCAACCUGGAGUGCAUCGUCCUGCACCGCCUCGGCUUCGACCUGGCGGCGCCCACCGUCAGCUUCUUCCUGGAGCACUUCAGCCAGGUGCGGCUGGAGGCGCGGGGCGCCGACGCUGGGGAGGCGGCGGACGCCAGGAGUCUGGCGGGGGGGGUGGCGGAGCUCAGCCUGGCCGACUACGCCUUCACCAGGUACGCCCCGUCCCUGCUGGCCGCCGGCAGCCUGGGGCUGGCCGACCGGCUCCUGCGGCACCGCAGCCCCCUGGACCUGCGGGUCAGCGGCUACUCGGAGGAGCUCCUGCGGCACUGCAUGGACGAGCUGCAGCUCCUGGUCUCUCUGAACGGGCAGUCCCUGCCGCUCCUCCUGCCCCCGGAGGUGGCCCAGAAGUGUCCCUGGCUGCGGAGCGGCCGCUGACUCACUGCGGGGUGGCGACGGCGACACCGCCGAUCGCUUGCCCCUCUGGCCGCCGCCGUGUCUGCCCCGGCGCGGA